AUGGAGCCGUCGCCGUCGCCGCCCGUGACGGCCCGUGUUGUCGUGCCCCCCUCGCACAUCCACAACUCACAGGCGUCGGGUGAAGAUGUCCCCACCACCACCUCCUCCACGUCGCACCGCCACACACCCUCGCCGUUGAACUCCAACCCUCCCGUUAUGCAAUGCAUCGAACGUCGCACGUUCACGACCGCAACUCAUGCACAAAAGGAAAAGGUCGCGGAAGAAGAAGAAGCAGUAGAAGAAGAGGAGAGAGCUAGUCGGUCACGGCACAGCAGCACCAGCACCAGACCAAAUGGCGGCCCGCUGGCCGUACGCCCUACCAACGUUGCGCCGCUGCUACGGCAGAAACGCCGCUCCGUGUCCCUGUUUAACAUACCCGAUCCAGGUACGGGGUGGGAGGCGCGAAUGUCACCGCAGCGCAGCGACGGGGACAGCAUCUCCCUUGAAGAAGAGGAAGUUCCCGCCUCCUCGUCUGCGUCGACUCCCUCGUCUCGGCCCCUGCACAAGAAUAAAGACCAACAACAGCAGCAGCGGUGUACAGGCAGCAGCAGCGCCUCCGCCGCACGUCGCGCACGCGUCAUCGGGCCCGACCCACACGACUGCAUCGACCUGCGUGAAGGAGAAUACGCCCGCCGGGCGGACGACGAAGACGACGACGAUGAACCGCAAGAGAUGCGUGUGGCUCCCCGCCCACACGAGUUCUACCAGCGUCCGCAGCCGUCUCGACGCGCGCCCGCGCCUGCACCGGUGGCGGCGGAUGACCUGGCGGUGUUGGUGAACGCGGAUACGGUGGACCGCUGCCGCAGUGACAGUCGUGGGCAAAUUGUGUUGGUCGACGACAGCGACCUCGUAGAAGAGGAAAUGGCCACGCAGGAUGCUCCUCGCGCCGUAUCGUCUGCGGACCCAUCGAUGCGCCACACAACGACAACAGCGCGAAGUAUGAGCAUUCGCACUCCGACUGAAUUUGUAGGUGAGAGCGCAGAAGGGAAAGAAAAGGACGGCGGUAGAAGGGAUUCGGUCACCUCAUCCUCCUCGCCACCCUCUGCCGCCUACGCGGAGUGUGAGUUUGCCCUCGACUACUACUACUAUCCGGCAGACCCCGACCCGGAAGCCGCAGCAGAGGAAGAGUGCACGGAGGAGGCGAACAACAAGACACCUGCGCGCAACGGCGGUGGGUCUGCUGCUGCAAUUGGUGGAGAAGGGGGAAGGGAACGAGCGCGUCGGAGGACGUCGGCCUCGCCCUCCCUCUCCCCGUCCAUGCAUCGCUGGGCGCAUUCGCUGGCGGAGGAGACGCCUUUCACGCCCUUCAGCUUCACCCCACGGUGCCCACCAGCAGCGACGGCCUCCUCCACCCCUUCACCAGCUGUCGCGCUUAACGCGUCGCGUGCGGAAACAGACGAGGUCCCCGCAAGCAGCUCAGCCGCGGACCGCUGUCGCGUGAAUGUCUUGGAUGACUUCUUGACCAAUGGAGACCUGCAACGUCUUUCGGUGCAGGAGGUGGUCGCCGCCGUUCUCGCCGCACCACCACCGCCGCCUCUCCCCUCCACCCUCAAUGGGAAAGAGGUGGUGGUUGCCUUGGAGAAGGAGGAGAUGGGCUUUGAUGGGCCCCUCGACGAACCAGCGCCGCGGAGACCCACAGAGGAAGAUCCUCUUCGCAAUUUCCACACCACCUCGCACAUGUCGCAGCAGCAGCUGGAACAGGAGCAGCUGACCCAUCGCAUGGGAAAUGUACGCGCACGUCUCUCCACUGUAGAUCAGCUGAUGGCACGGUUCGACGCCGUCAUUGAAGCCCGUCAAACGGAGCUGAAGACGCUGAAAGAGAAGCACCAGGAGCUGGCACAGCACACGGAGAGCCACAAGGCACGCGCUGCGAUGGCGCGGAAGGAAAUACGCCGACUGCGGGACCGCCAGCACACCCAAGAGGAACUCCAGUUGCUCCACGACAUGCUCGUGGACAAGGAGAAUCGACUGAGUGUGGCGCGGAGUCAGCUUCUUGCGCUGAAGCGGCUGCGACAGCAACUCGACCUGCUCCACGCGUCCUCGACGGGGAAAUCAACUUCGGUGUCCGCACGAGCAGAAGGCGGCGCUGCGGUAUCCGUCUCUUCCGCGGCGGAGGCAAAGCACCCGGAAUGGACGGACGAGCACGCCCUUCUCGCCACGGUAUCCCUGCACCCGGGGGCGCGGCUGGUGCUCUUGGGUCCUCCGCCGUCCGGGGGGCGGGGCGCCGUGCUGCCGCCCAUCACAAAGCCCCUCCCGCCGACCCCACCCGCCCCCAACAGCCCAGCAGCCGACGCAGCAAAGAGGCAAACGGAAAAGACGGCAGCAGCAGCAGCAGCGGCAGCAGCAGCAGCGCCAGACCAGGAACAGCAAGAGCACCAGCGCUCCCCCUCCGCCUCCUCUGUGAGUUCGCUCGCCUCCCUCAACACCUGCGACAUUAUGGACGAUUUCCUGGAGGAGCUUCUCAUGGAAGUGGACGGGCUCGCCAAGGUGUGCAUUCAGCUGCCCUCUCCCCCUCCCACCCUAUCCUGCUGUAACCGGGUCCAUCAUCCGAGUGAGAACACGCCUACUACGCGCCACAGCCGACCAGGGCCGUCUCGCCGAGCACGGCCGACGUACAGCGCGCUGAACCGGCGGUUGAAUGACGGCAACAACGGCUUCUUCAGCUUCUUUGGUGGCGCAACGGAGGCGCAUCUCAACUCAAAGCCUUUGUCGACCUUUCUGGCCAAUUUGGACCGCUUGUCGCGCACCUCGUGGGAGUUGGAGGAAGAGGUGCAGCUGCGCGCGCGUGAGCUGGCCACCGAUGGAGAAGAGGAAGAUCUGCGGACACGCCUCAUGGUGGAGUACGGACUUUCUGGCAAGUCCGACACAGUGAAUGGUGCGGAAGGAGAGAAGAUGGAAGGGACUCCGCACGAGUCGCUGCUGUCUCCCACCACCCCUCCCCAGCCGUCACGCACAGAGGAGGUGAAGGAGGCGUUGCUGCUGUUGGACGAGGCGGACCCCCUUUCCACGACGGACUCGUCCGAUCGCACGACGCGUCAGAUUUUUCUUUCGUCUCCCGAGCAUGGCCGGCGCAGUCGUGGUAGCAAUGGCGGUAGCGGCGGAGCUCGCCGCUCCAGCGCUGGAAGUACCCCUCCCUCUACCUCUCCGCUGCUGCGCCGGCCUAUGUCUGUCGCGCUGCUGCUGCCCACCCUCGUCUACGCCUACCCGCGUGUCGCCGCCGUCAGCCAGCACCUGGAUGAUGAGCAGCAACAGAUCCAGCGAGACUACGCGGCCACCAUCGCCGCCGCACGGCAGCAGCGACGCGACCUGACGUCACGGCUGCGCGAAGUCUUCCGAUUGCACGUCGCACCGGCGCUUCAGCGGAAGAUGGUGGCACUGAAGCAGCGGCAAACUUCACUGGCGCGGGAACUGGGCGAGUUGGGAGUGAAGGAGAUGACGCUAGAGUGGGAGGAGGCAGAGCCGGAGAUGCCAGAUGAUGCGGCACUGUGGCAGCUGAUGGACGAGGCGACGGCUGCGGGCCGACGGCGGUGGUUGGGUCCCCGUCGGCGUGGUGGCAGCCAACGCAGUCGUAGCCGCUUUAGUGCCUACAGUGCGGGCCGUGAGGAGGACAUCGGCCGCUACGACGAUGACGCAUCCAGCCGCGGUGCGUCCGUGCUGCGCAUGGAGGAAACGAAAGUGACAGCAUCGCUGCGUCCCGCCGGGGACCCGCCAGCCUGUGCGGUGUACCGUCGCACGUUGCACGUGGUGUGCGACGCGCCGGUGGAGGAACUCGGCGAGGAAGUGGCCAGGCGUAGUGGCGUGCUUCCAUCGCAGCAGCAGCGCCAUCACCACCGGCGCACGCACGGCAGCGGAGACGUAACAGCUCGGGAAGACAGUGCAAAACCCCGCAGUGCGCGAUUGGCACGUCGCAGGUCGUCUGCCGGGUCUGGGCGCCGCAGCACCACGACAACUGGCCAAGCUCCUCGCCACUCCGCACCGGGUGCCUCUCUCGCUGACCCAAACCAGAACGGGGAUGCAGCUCCUCCUCGUUUGAGCCACAAAGCGUGCGAGGCCCUGCAGCUCUACACCCAUGCUCCCUCACAGCAGCUGCUACGGCUAGCGCGUCGCAAGAACAACAGCCAGACUACCAUGAUGCACGGUACAGGCACGACGGAAGCGGCAGGGGAGGGAGAAGACGAGGGUGCCGCAACGGCAGUGCUGCACAUGAAGGGCAACUCGGCCACAUCACGACCGUCACGCAUCGCGCCCAUUGGCCCGUCUUCGCUGCGGUGCAGUGGAGGCACCCCGCGUGUUUCGGGCACGGCGGGCUCCUCUGCGACAACGCGCAGCUCCACCAUGAGUGCUCGCGUAAGUGCGAUGGCGCCACCCUCCCCACGGCACCCCCGCACCUCCUCCCAGCCCGCGUCCCCUCGAGUGCAGCCCGGACGCAGAGACCAUCAAGGGCGGCAUCGCCAAGGUGCUCCCACUUUCCUCACACCGGGUGUCGUUGGGGCGGCGGCGACGGCGGCCGCGGCCUCUGCUCCACUUGUUCUCGACACACGUGUGCGCUUGUCAACGGAUAUCCAUACCUCGCCGAACGGGCUCGCGCUCAGCCCCACCCCCGUCGCCACCACAACCACAGGUCUUUGGUCCCCGUUUCGGUCCACCCGCGAUGCACUGGCGGAUGGCGCGGUGCAUGUGGCCAUCACCUUCACCGGGGCUGAGGCGCACCGUCGCCAGGUCGCGCAGGAGCGGCGGGAAGCCUACCAACGCGAGUUUUGGCAGCUGCGCGAGGAGCUGGCACGCAUUGAUGAGGACAUCUUUCAGCUGCGUGCCAAAAGCACGGAGCUGUGCGCGUUGCAGCAGCGCACGGAGGCGGAGCAGACGCAGAAGCUGGCGGAGGCGGAGGCGAAGGUGAAGAAGUGCCGCGCCUUCUACAAGACUCUCAAGCGUGAAAAUAAGGAAUGGCAGGACAUCUGCAAUGAACUGCAGCGUGUCAUUCGAGAGGGUGAGUAG